AUGUCUCGACUCAAUAUCCCGAUCGAUGUGCUGACCUCUCGUCUCAACCUGUCUGAACGAUUCGACAGCGUUCGAAGCCAGUCGAUUACUCAACGAUUCUCGAAUCUCAAACCUAUCUCCGAAUUCCUCGACUUUAAGAGGCUGUCCAAGCCAAGGGACUUCGGAGAUGUCCAAGCAAGAGUUAACUACAAUUUGGGCUACUUCUCUAGCAACUAUGCCGUCAUCUUUGUGAUGCUCUCAAUCUACGCCCUGCUGACCAACACAUGGCUAUUGUUUGACAUUGUUUUUGUUUCCGCGAGCAUGUGGAUUGUUGGCAGACUAGGAGGCAGAGAUCUUGAGAUUGGCAGUUUCAGAGCUACAACUUCACAACUGUACACCGGCAUUGCCUGUAUCAGUGUCCCUAUUGCAAUCUUCUCUGGACCAAUUGGCACCUUCCUCUGGCUGACCUAUCGAGAAUGCUUUUUCCGAGGAGGCGGUUUAGGUGGUCGGCCGCGAACUCCUUACGAUGUGCCCCGCUGGGGAAGACCACCAGGGGCACGACUGGGGAGGCAGAGGGGUGGUGUAUAUGGUGUACACCAGUCGUGGAACGAAGACGACCGUGUUCAAGAAGUGGGCACGGAGGAUGAAGAUAACUUUCUACGGCACGAUCCACGUUAUGCUUACGAGAUGGACGACCGUUUCUAUUCUGAUGAACUUUUAUUCGAUGGUAUAGACCCUAAUCCGCAACAAUACAUGGGACACAGGCGUAUGGAUGGUUAUUAUUACGAUGAUUCUGAAUUUGAGGGCGUUGACGAAUACUAUAUGAGGGACAAGCAUUAUCCGCUGGAACGAACAGGCAGUCGUCAGAGCAUGCUGGCAGAAAAGGAAGAAGAGCUAGUGGCACGAGCAUUAGAGCGUAUAGCGCGAGCACGAGCAUUGGGUAAGACUGAUGUAAAACUGAGUCAGGCAGAAAUUGAUGCUUUGGAACGAUUAGAACGAUCGAAACCUCAACAAAAAGUCUCACAAGCUCCAGCCAUGAAAGCCUUACCUACAAGCAAAAAGACCCUUACUCGAAAGGCCGCUGAAGCAAGCACAAAGAACAGGGGAACGUCACCCAAAGCACGUCUGAGCGAGGGCAGGGUUAGAAACCACAGUAAUGCAUCAUCCCGUUCUGCAAGAGAAGACGAUCUGCCGACAUAUCCAAUUCCUCAAGAUAGUGGCCAUACAGGACGUCCAUUUCACCCUCCUGACAUGAGAGCUGGCUAUCAGGGUAGUCCUCUCAGGCCCGCAGGCUCUAGAUCCAACUCGUACGGCAAUAUCAGACAAACGGUUGGUCCACCUCCGUUGUAUGCGCCUUACUAUCAAAAUCAGCGGUUCGCUUCUAUGCCUGAGGGUCCUUACCACAGGCGUGGCGAGUCAGCGGCUUCGACCAGGCUACGCGCUGACUCAGGUCGUAGCGAUCAAAGCUCACGUUCAAGGUCGAACAGCCAACUGAGGAGCUAUCCAGUCGAUCAGCUCCCAAACCUGACACAAACGGCACGUGCUCCCAGGUUCGACCCCAACGAUCCACGAUUUGCUUCUCCUCGUCCCUCUCCUGGACGUCGACCACGAGGAUCUGGGUCGCGUCGUCAGUCGGACGAUCUAUAUCCAAGUCUCGCAGACGAGCCAGAAGUGAUAAAUUACAUGGUGUCUGGCUCGUCGAGAAGCAGCUCAGAUUCAGAUGGAACAGGACCAUACCAUGAGCCCACUGUCACAGUCGAAGUCGCUGAGAAGCCAGGUGCCAAGGCGGGAUACUCAAUGAAGACUCGAAGCGCUGCAGCCGCUUCCGGAACCUCAAAGAGCAAGUCCGGUGCUAAGGCCUCAGUAAGACGUCGCUAG